AAGGCUCCUCUCCCUACCGAACAGCUCCGCGCACAGCCCCUGCGACUGAGCCCGACCUGCAACUUUCUUCUUCUUCUUUUUUUUUUUUUCUUUCUUCCUUCCUUUCUCCCCUGCUGGGUGGUGGUGGCGGCGGCGGUGUGGUGGGGGACUUUGAAUGACCGAGCUCUCGUCCACCUUUCUCUUCAUGUCGACGUCCCUGGAAACAGUCACACGGAUGCCAUGGUUACUUCUGCCACGAUCUUACAGGUGAACAAGGUGAUGUCCAUCUUGUUUUAUGUGAUAUUUCUUGCUUAUCUCCGUGGCAUCCAAGGUAACAACAUGGAUCAAAGGAGUUUGCCGGAAGACUCACUAAAUUCCCUGAUUAUUAAGCUGAUCCAGGCAGAUAUAUUGAAAAACAAGCUCUCUAAGCAGAUGGUGGACGUUAAGGAAAACUAUCAGAGCACCCUGCCGAAAGCUGAGGCCCCUCGAGAGCCGGAACAGGGCGAGCCCGCUAAGUCGGACUUCCAGCCAGUGACCGCCGUGGACACAGAAUUGCUGCGACAACAGAGACGCUACAGCUCCCCGCGGGUCUUGCUGAGUGACAGCACCCCGUUGGAGCCUCCCCCCUUGUAUCUCAUGGAAGAUUACGUGGGCAGCCCAGUGGUGGCGAACAGAACGUCCAGGCGGAAAAGGUACGCGGAGCAUAAGAGUCACCGAGGCGAGUACUCGGUAUGUGACAGUGAGAGUUUGUGGGUGACAGACAAGUCGUCGGCCAUCGACAUCAGGGGACACCAGGUCACGGUGCUCGGGGAGAUCAAAACCGGCAACUCCCCCGUCAAACAAUAUUUUUAUGAAACGAGAUGUAAAGAAACCAGGCCUGUCAAAAACGGUUGCAGAGGGAUUGACGAUAAACACUGGAACUCUCAGUGCAAAACAUCCCAGACGUACGUGCGAGCACUGACUUCAGAAAACAAUAAACUCGUGGGCUGGAGAUGGAUACGGAUAGACACCUCCUGCGUGUGUGCCUUGUCGAGGAAAAUCGGAAGAACAUAAGUUGGCAUCUCUCCCCAUAUAUAAAUUAUUACUUUAAAUUAUAUGAUAUGCAUGUAGCAUAUAAAUGUUUAUAUUGUUUUUAUAUAUUAUAAGUUGACCUUUAUUUAUUAAACUUCAGCAACCCUACAGUAUAUAAGCUUUUUUUCUCAAUAAAAUGAGUGUGCUUGCCUUCUCUCGGGCCUCUCCCAUCUGUUAAACCUUGUUUUGUGAUCCAGCUUGUGCUAACCUCACUGUAAAAUCUGUGUACACCAGUGUUUUGCAUUCAGUAUUGUCAAGGCCAUGACUGUCAUUUUAGUAAACUUGUUUAAAUCA